UGUGCAUUUCCGGCAGAAGUUUGUAGUUUCUACUUGAGACACUUGGCGUCGUCCUUGUUCCGUGAAGGCUGUCAGAGAAGUAGUGUUGUAAAAUGGCCACGAACAAUUAUUUUGGUUUUACACAUGGUGGAACUCAAUAUAGCGCUCAAGCCACAGGAGCUGCAUAUCAGGCGGCAAGUCAGGCAGGUUAUGCUGUAGCUGCACCAGCAACUGCUGCAGCAGCUACCUAUGGCACUCAGAGACCUGCAGGAUAUGAUACAGCUGCUUAUCAAGCUGCUGCGGCAGCUGCAGCCCCUGGAGCAACUUAUGCUGCAGUAAGCACAGGCGCUACACCAGCUUAUGAAUACGGUUACGGUUACGAUCAGACGGCCGCAGCUAAAACUGCAACAUAUGCUACUACGUAUACUCAGAGGCCAGCUACUGCACAACCUCAAGCACAGGCUGUCACUGCAGCCGCUGCUAAACCUGCUCAAUACAGUGGAACCUACCAGGCGAAUCCUGCAGGUUACCAGACCACUUACACGGCUCAAACCACAAUAGCGGCCCAGCCCACCACACAAGCCAAACAAGCUAAUUCGACAACGACAUAUUCAGGAUACGAUGCGGCUCUUUAUUCCGCAGCUACCAUGUAUGUGGCGCAACAGACCGGUGCCGCGGCCAAUCAACAGAAGGCUGUCGGUUGGCAGGGUUACAAGAAGGGAGGAGCCGGAGGCAUAAAGAACAUGCGCAUGAAGGCGCCGCCGAAACCUCAACAGCUUCACUACUGCGAUGUUUGCAAAAUAAGCUGCGCCGGACCUCAAACAUACAGGGAACAUUUAGAAGGCCAGAAACACAAGAAACGUGAAGCUGCAACCAAAAUGACCGCAUCAGUUGCCGUGACCAGUCAAAACCGUGCUGGAAACUCGCUCAGAUGUCAACUUUGUGACGUAACCUGUACAGGAAACGACGCCUACGCUGCCCACAUCAGGGGUGCCAAACAUCAGAAGGUAGUUCUGCUUCACACGAAAUUGGGAAAACCCAUACCACCUCAAGAGCCAGAGGUGAUAGGAGGUGCUCGUAAGUCUGUCUCAACGGCUCCAAAGAUAAACUUUGUGCAAUCAGGCGGUCUGGGCAUGCCCGCAGGUAAUGGCGAUAAUAAGGAUGACCAAGAGGUGGAAGAGACACCGGAGCCGGAUAUUCAACCAGUGGGCCAGGAUUAUAUCGAGGAAAUCAAGAGCGACGAUGGAAAGGUUAUCAGCUUUAAUUGCAAACUUUGCGAAUGCCGUUUCAAUGACCCCAAUGCAAAAGAGAUGCACAUGAAAGGCAGACGUCAUAGGCUGCAGUACAAAAAGAAAGUGGAUCCACAGCUAGUUGUGGACGUCAAGCCUUCUCUGAAACAGAGGAGGAUUCAAGAAGAAAAGGCACGUAGAAUCGCUAUAAGAGAAGAACUUUGGACCAGGCGACAUUACAACAACAUGCAGGGUGACGAGGAAGAAAGGUUAUACUGGGAGGAUCGUAGACGAUAUGAAGAAGAAUACAUGGUUAUGUAUGGACAUGGAAAUAUGCCGUUCCCGAGGGGGAGGGUAUAUCCUGGUGGUGCUCCGCCGCCUGGUAUGCCUCUAAGGAGGGCCGAAUCCAGUGACGACAGACACGUAAUGGCGAGACACACCGAAAUUUACCCGAAGGAGGAGGAGCUCCAGGCCAUACAGAGGAUCGUGUCGCACACGGAACGCGCCCUCAAGAUGGUCAGCGACCAGUUGGCGGAGGAGAAGCCCAGCGAUUCGUCGGUCACGAAGGUCGACGGGGCGAAGGCCGAAUUGGACGGCAAAUCCGGCGAGACGCAGCUCAAAAAAGACGGCAGCGAUAAUCAACUAUUCUCCUUCCAACAAAAUCGCGACGCGAACAGGAUGCUCAAGGGCGUGAUGCGGGUGGGCCACCUCGCCAAGGGACUGCUGCUGCGGGGCGACAACAAGGUCGAGCUGGUCGUGCUCUGCGACGACAAGCCCACCCUGACGUUGCUGAGGAAGGUCGUUGGUCUACUGCCGGGCUUUUUGAAGGAGGUGGCGCCGGAGGUCGUGUACACGGUCACCCUGAACGCCGCCGAGGCCGGUCUGACCGUCACCGGGGACAAUCUGACUGUACUCGUUCAAUUGACUAGCCCCGUCAUGAGGGACCAAGAAGCUGCGAGCGGCGGGUUGGACCGGGAUGUACUAGCACGUGGAAAAUGUCUCCAGGCGCUGGCAGCCCUCAGACAUACCAAAUGGUUCCAGGCAAGAGCAUUGGGUCUACACUCCUGUGUAGUUAUUAUUCGUAUCUUGAGAGAUUUGUGUCAGAGGGUUCCUACAUGGCAGCCUUUAAGUUCGUGGGCAAUGGAAUUGUUGGCUGAAAAGGUAAUCUCGUCCGUGCCCGGCGGUGCUCAGCUGUCGCCCGGCGACGCCUUGAGAAGGGUCAUGGAGGCGGUGGCCAGUGGGCUCCUGUUGCCCGGCGGUCCCGGACUGGGAGAUCCCUGCGAGAAAGACAGCCCCGACGCGGCGGCCGCGCUCACCGUUCAACAGAGGGAAGAUCUCACGUGUUCGUCGCAAUACGCGCUCAGAUUGAUCGCGUACAGGCAAAUCUAUAAGGUUUUGGGAAUGGAUCCUCUGCCCGCGCCUCAGAAGGUGUUCAGAAGGGACAGGUCUGCACGUAAGAGGCGCCGCUCCGGUGGAGAGCAGGAGGGUUCGGAAAGUGAUAGCGGUAAAGUAAUCAAGACAGAAUCGAAUGAAACCGCAAAGGAAUCUGAUAAGUGAGAGAGAUAUUUAUUGAUAUGAUAUAUUGAUUAAAAAUAAGUUGUAAAUGUUAGGACGAUUAUUUUCUAAGAUUUGAGACUUUUUCGAUGUAAAGAGGAUAUUAACUGUGAAAUAGCUGAUUCUUCAUUGUUUGAUGAAUUUAUAGUCGAAGUAUUUUAGAUGUAUGUGGAAUCCUGAGUACAUUUCACUGGCAUUAUCAUUGAAACACUUUUUAGUUUUUAAAAUGUUCAUUUGUACAUUCAUCCUUUUUUUCCAUUAAAUACUUAUAUGACUUGA